CCGGGCCUGGUGAGAGUAACUGGAAAAAAAAAAUCGGCUAUUUUCCGCUUGCCUAAUCCCUUCCGAGAGACGAAAGAUGAGCACGGUCACCGAGAAAACGCUGGGCAUAGAGUUCGCAAUCGGUGGCUUGGCGGCGGUGGGCGCCGGUUUCUUCACAAAUCCCGUGGACGUGGUGAAGGUGCGGCUGCAACUGCAGGGUGAGCUGGAGGCACGAGGCUCGUACCAGAAGAUAUACAAAAACACCGUUCACGCCGCGUAUCUGAUAGCUAAGCACGAAGGUAUAUUGGCUCUACAAGCGGGAAUUGUGCCCGCGCUCGCCUUCCAGGUGGUGCUCAACGGUAUCCGCUUGGGCGCAUACAAGUCUGCCCAGAGAUACGAACUGAUCAUUGACAAACAAGGCAAUACCGAUGUUCUACGGACCACCCUGGUGACCGGCAUAGCCGGCUGCGUCGGCGCCGUCCUCGGCAGUCCGUUUUAUCUGGUCAAGACGCAAUUACAGGCGCAAUCUGCAAAAUCCAUCGCCGUGGGCUACCAGCACAGUCACUCGGGAUCGUGGAAUGCCUUCAAGUCCUUGUGGAUGGAGGGCGGCGUCGCGGCUUUAUACCGUGGAUGGAACGCCAACAUGUCGCGCUUAUUCGUCGGCUCGGCGACGCAGUUGACUACUUUUGGAUUAGCAUCGGACUGGUUGCGCUCGCUAAAUAUAUUUCCAGAUCGCCCAAUAUUGCUGACCUUUUUGGCCUCCGUGAUCGGAGGUAGUUGCGUAGCCAUCACCAUGCAGCCGUUCGAUGUUUUAGCAACGCGGUUGUAUAAUCAACAGACAGACGCGGCCGGCAAAGGUGCUUUGUACAAAGGACUCGGAGACGCACUCGUCAAGAUAUUCCGCACCGAGGGUCUGACAGGCCUGUACAAAGGAACGUUCCCAACGUGGAUGAGAAUAGCGCCGCAUACGGUUCUGUGUUUAGUGUUUUACGAGAAACUAGAUCAACUGUACAAUAAUUUUAGAACACGAACUGAUUGAUGUCAAUUUUAAAUAUGUAUAAAAAUUAUACAUGUAUUUCAGUGUAUUUAUAUACUUCCUAGGUGUAUGCAAAGCGAGACUUUUGUAAGAUUUUUCAAGGAUGUUGAAUAUUAAAUAUUACAUAUCUAUUCGAAUAAUUUGAUGUUACGAAUUGGCAGUGAUCGCUCGAGUGUAGAUAGAAAUUUUAAAAUUAUGGACGUAUGUUAAAAUAUUGUAUAAAUGUAAAAAUCUUAGCCGCCUGUACUCUAAUCAUCUUUGUGCGUGCGAACAUCAUUCUGCACUAUUUUUGAAUACUUACGAGAUAGAACGUAUGCAAAUAGUCAAUAGUAUAUAAAAUUCGCUCACAUAGUGCUCCUAAAUUUCGCUCGAAUAAAUUAACCGGUUAAGUGGUAGGCUUUUUAAAACAUUCCGUGCCAAAAGUGGUAGGCGUCAAUUGUGAACUAAAAUAUACCAAAAUUUGGCCCUGGGGGUUUUUUGGGUCGCUGAUUUCAUUUCGUAUAUAAACUGCGGGGGUAAAACGUAAUUGCAAUAUAUAUACAAAAAUCGCCAUUUUCAUUCAACGUAUUAGUCGCCAUGUUGUGUUCGCCAUCAAAUUUUACAAAUUUGACGCCAAAAUCGAGUUCAGAAGCCCAAAAAACAAUAGUAUACCAAAUUUCAAGCAAAUUCGUUGAAUAAUAUAGAAGUUAUUCAAGAUGUGCAUAUAUGCUACAAUACCACUUUUGGCACGGAUUCUUUUUGUGCAUAUAUGCUACAAUACCACUUAACCGGUUAAUCUUG